UUAAUAGGAUUCAAAUUUGCGCGGUUGCUCUGUAGCUCUGACAAGGGCGCGGUGCCCACACCCACCGGAACCGCGGUCCCCGCCGGUCCCCAGGCGCUCGCGCCCGCUCCCUUUAAGGACUCUGUGCGCACUCCCGAGACUCCAGGAGAUAUGGCGGCGUUCAUGACUCUGAGUCAGUUAUCAAGUGGAAACCCAGUUUAUGAAAACUACUACAGACAGCUCGACCCAGGAAACACAGGCAAAAUAUCAGCUGGCGAUGCAGCUCAGUUUCUUAAGAAGUCUGGCCUGUCAGACAGCACACUGGGAAAGAUUUGGGAUUUGGCAGAUUCAGAAAGAAAAGGCUAUUUGGACAAGCGGGGUUUCUUCAUAGCUUUGAGGCUGGUGGCAUCUGCACAGGGUGGAAAUGACAUAAGUCUUCACAAUCUCAACCAAAACUUAGCUGCACCCAAAUUUAAAGAUACAAGCAGCCCAUUACUAACUGUUUCAACAACAGCAUCUGAUUCACAGUGGGCCAUUAAGCCUGAUGAAAAGGGAAAGUUUGAGGGAAUUUUUGAGAGUCUGUUACCUGUGAAUGGCCUCCUCUCUGGUGAUAAAGUCAGGCCAGUUUUGAUAAACUCCAAGCUACCUCUGGAUGUGUUAGGAAAGAUUUGGGACCUAAGUGAUGUGGACAAAGAUGGACACUUGGACAAAGAAGAAUUCACCGUGGCUAUGCAUCUUGUGUAUCGCACCAUGGAGAAGGAGCCGCUCCCCACUAGUUUACCCGCUUCCCUUAUCCCCCCUUCUAAGAGGAAGAAGACUGGGGUUGGACUUCCAGGUGCUGUUCCCGUGCUGCCUGCUCUGUCUGGCCUUGGAACUAGUCCAGCUCUUCUCAAAGAAACUUUACGCAGCACUUCUCCUCUGGUCAACACUACUCCCCUCGGCACUGCUGCUCUCUUUGGCUCCGGUGCUGCCAACCUUUCUCCAAAACAGUCCUUUAAGUCCAGUUCUCCGCCGGCGGUGAACUGGGUUGUACCAGUGGCUGACAGAGAGAAAUAUAAAGAAAUUUUCAAGAACACAGACACUGACAAUGACGGCCUCGUCAACGGCGGCGAUGUCAUCGAGCUCUUCAUGAACUGUACGCUCUCCCAGACGAUGCUCGCACAGAUAUGGGGACUUGCUGACACAAAACAAACAGGCAAGCUGAACGAGGAGCAGUUUGCUCUAGCCAUGCAUUUGAUCCAACAAAAGGUCAAUAAAGGGAUCGACCCUCCCUCUACUCUCACUCCUGACAUGAUCCCUCCAUCAGAACGAUCUGCAUCAUCAGCUAUGGGCUUUGACGGUAUCGGCUCCACAGGGUCGACAGAGCCGACAGGUAUCAAAGAGCUGGAUGACCUCAGUAAGGAAAUAUCUCAUCUGCAGAGAGACAAAUUCAUCCUGGAGCAUGAGAUCAGAGAAAAGGAGGAGGCUCUCAGACAAAAAAACAGUGAUGUGCAGGACUUGCAGAAUAAUUUGGAAAGGGAGAGCAGCAGCUUGCAAGACCUGGAGUCCCAGAAGCAGGAUGCCCAGGUACGCCUGGAGGAAAUGGACCAACAGCGCUCCAGGCUUGAGGGAAUGCUCAACGACAUCAAGCAGAAGUGCCAGGAUGAAACCCAGAAGAUUUCAUCCCUGCAGAGCCAGAUCCGCUCACAGGAGACUGACCUCCGCAGUCAGGAAGAUGAACUGAGUCGCACCAAAACGGACCUGAGUCGAGUCCAAGAGGAGGAGGCACAGCUAGAGCAGAGAUUGCUGUCCGGUCGGACUCAGCUGGACAGCAUCAUUAAGUCACUCAAAACCACCCAGGAUGAGAUUGGUCAGGCUCGUGGUAAAUUGUCACUGAUUCAGGAGAGCCAGAAAGAGUUGACCAAGACCAUUGAGCAGUACAACAAUGCUUUGAAAGAAAUCAACGCAGGAAACUUGAGCAACCUGCCGGACCUAAGUGAAGGCUUUGCUGAAAGGGAGGAUGGAAGUUUCAGAAGUACGAUGGUUAAUCAGGAGGGCUCUUUGAAGUCAAGGAUAGCCAUGUUCAACAACAACAGUGCUGCCAAGGAGACUCGAGCAGACCCCUUCAAGAUGGAGGAUCCCUUCAAAUCUGACCUCUUCAAAGAUCCAUUUGGAAGUGAUCCUUUCAAAGAAAGCGACCCUUUCAAAGGCACCUCAUCUGAAGACUUUUUUAAGACAACUGACAGGCCAGACUUGUUUGGAUCUGGAGACCCCUUUAGCAGAAAACCUGUACCUCCAGUCAAGCCAAGUCCUUUCGGCAGCAGUGACUCCUUCAGAUCAAACAGCCCAAAAACAAAGGAUUCAGAUUUGUUUGGGAAAGCAGACCCCUUUGGAAGCAACUCUUUUGGAAGCAAGGGGGGUGGAUUUGCUGACUUUAGUCAGAUGUCAAAGAAGUCGGACAAUCCUGUACUCCCAAUCCCAAAGAAAAGUGUGCCUAAGAGGCCUGCACCUCCCUAUGGUGUGCUCGGUUUGAGUCCAUCAGAGCUGCUCCAGAGCGUUGGCUCCACAGCAGACGGUGCAGACUCUUUCUUUACGACACAGUCGAGUAAAACAUCCAAAGAUUAUCCUAUGGGUUUUGCAAAUUUUGCAUCUUUUGGAAGUGAGAGCGAGCAGCUGGAGUGGGCCAAGCGUGAGAGCGAGCGUGAGGAACGGGAGAGGUUGAGGAGGCUGCAGCUCCAGGAGCAGAAGGACCUGGAGCUGGCCAUCGCUCUCAGCAAGACCACCAUGCCGAACACCUGAGCAGGCGUGCUCCAGCACAACUUUCUGUCCCCUUCACUUUUCCUUACAGCCCGCCGUCUACAGGCUCGUGAGAACAGCACCAUCAUUGGCCCGACAUGACUAGCACCCCCUGUUACCAACUUGUGCAAGAGCCCAGUGUUUCUGCAGCUAUGACUGUACUUGUGUUCAAAUGACUCCACAUUUAGCUACCAGUUAAGGUUCAUUGCUCCCAAACUAUGUGGAAACUAUAAUCAGGGACAAUAUGGAGCCACUUGAUUUAAGCCUUGCUUCAUCCUCCAAGAACAUGGCGAUUUAACGCAAGCCAAACCGGCAGGGUAAUCGACUACUACAACCUAUAUCUAACUCCAUAUCUGGUUAUGGCUAAUCAGCCUUACAUUAUCCAAAUUUGUGGGGGCUUUUUUUGAAGGUAAAAUAACAUUUUAAAAAUAUUUUUGUUUUAUUUAUAAACGAAAGCAGCUAAUUUGUCAUGUAUGAAGUGAGAUGCAUCCUAAAACUGUUUUUAUAUCGCUCAGAAAAAUCACAAUGAAAGUCAAACCAUUUGCUCUGCUGACAUUCAAUUGACUUUUUUCAAAUUUAUUUUGUUUUGUUUGUAUUUUGUUUUAUUUUAUUUUUUAGGAAACCUCUUCUUUUAGUGUAUAUAGUUAUACGGUUUUAUUUUGAGCUCAACCAAAUAAAAGACCGGGGAAAAAACUCCAUUCCUGUCUUAAACAAGUUAUGAGAUCAUCAGUAGCAUGAUUUAGAUUCUCAUUUUAAAUGCUACUAGUGUUUCUGGGCAUUUAUGCUUUCAUAGCUAAUAUUUAUGUAAGUAAGUAAGUGCAUGAAUUAAAAGAGUACUGGAAUAUAUUGGAAACCCUAAAGAUGCUAAUGAUAAUCAUUACGGUCUUCCUUUCCUGUGAACCCAGCUCUGUCCACUUGGAGCGCUCUUCCUCUGCGAACAGCUUGUUUGUCAGAUAGAUCAUCAUUAGUUGCAUUGUUGUAACACCCAAAUAGCUCCCUGCAACUAAUGCCUCUAUUAAAUGGAAGAAGUGUAAACCUCUCUUGUUUAUACUGGUGCUGUUACACCUUUUUACUACUUCUGCUAUUCAGCCAAAUCGACCUUUUGGAUAUUUAUUAUUUUUCAUAUGGAUUUGUGUUAUCACUGUCUAGUAAUCUAGUGGGAAGACUUUUCUGCAAAUGGCUUGAAUUAUUGCAUUCUUGUAAUCAUACAAAACACUAAUCAGGUUUAUGUGGCACAUAAUGCAUGCACUGUUAUGUUCCAGAGCCUACUGGACAUGCACAGAGUGACAGCGCCUUAUUUGUCAACACGUUAACACUGUAAUGUGUAAUUGCUGCACAUUAUGUAUAUAAUUUUGAGGUAAAGGUUUGAGUUGCUCAAAACUGUAAGGACUUUUAAUUGAAUAAAAGUGAUUUUUAACACCAAGCACAGAGAGAGGUAGGUCUGAUUUCUUAAAUAUUUCCACAACAGCAUAGAAAGAAGUGAGUCAGGUGUAAUUGCAAAAUUAAUGUUUCAAUGGUAAACAAAGAAUGAAUAUACAGCAAGUGGCCUUGAGAAACGGGUGCUGAGCAUUGCAUAGACUUGUUAUGAAGGGGGGAUUUAGUUUAAUCGUUCUUGUGGUGCUUCUUUCUAAAUCUAGUUCUCGAAGUGUAACUAGAGUGAAUCGAACAUUGAUUGUUGUUUUUUUUUGUCUUAGAAGUCUGGUUUGAUAUUGGAACAAAAAAAGUGAAAUGAGAACGACAUAUUUGCAUGUACUGGGUAGAUAUUUUUGGCCCAGUGUGUACUUCCUCUUUUUUCGUUUUAAAAUAUGAUAAAUUUCAGUGUGUCGAUAAAUGCGUUUGAACUCUGUUUGCAUUUGCGUUUUAUUGCUGCAGGUGAAUUUACUAUACAAAGUAACUGAGUUACACUGAUUCAAUUAAAACUGUUUUAUUAAGUUUUUUAAAAGACUAAGCUUUUUAGAAAAUGCCAUCUGGCUUUUAUAUAUGCACUCAAUGCACUCUUUGAUGCGGGCGAAACGACUGCUCACUGACACUAUGCAGCUAUAAUGUGCACGGACUUGGAUACUUUGAAACUGUAGUGCAGAGUGACUGUGUGUAAUUGUAGUAUUAAGGCUCUUUGAUGUCCUACUAUAAUUUCUACCCAUCAGAAAGGGAGUCUAAGGGCUCCCUGAUGAGGGUUUGCUGUGCCCCUCUGUCCAGACGGCUCCUGGCUCACUCUGUAAUUAUGGAAAUGGAGUGUUUGUAUUUAUAGGCUAAGCCCACAAGCGGCUGCCCUUCUCUGUCUUGCAGCUGCAAAACAUCACAGUGGAAAUCAAGUGCUGGUGUUUUAAAAUUCGAUGUACAAUUUAGAAGAACUGAUGUGACAGUCUGCAGGUCUGCUGCACCUUUUUACAAGCAGUUAUGAUGAGUUAUGUUGAGUGGGUGGAUGUAUCCAAUAAAAAAAGAAAUGUGUGAACAAGUUGAAGGAAUGAGUAAGCACGCAAGCAAAGUAAAGACUUC